AUGGCGGGCACUCAAGGAACUUCCGAGGCUCGGAAGAACCAAUUGGUCAAGAUGACCAUUGCCGCGAGAAGGCUCCCGGGCUGGGAGGACGCCAAGUUCCUGGAAGAAUACGAAGGAGUCCAUGCCAACAUGACGCGAGGGAUAGCAGCAGCCGUUCCAAUCCUCCGAAAAUACACACAGCUCGUUGCGAUACCACACAAGCCCAUCGCAGGUCUCCCAGAUGGUGGCCGCGGGCCGUGGGACGCCGUAUCAACACUCGAAUGGACAUCGCUAGCCGAUCUCCACAACUCCUUCCAGGCACCUGAGUACAAAGCAUCCGCAGGGAGUCACAAGUUCGCCGACGAGUCUUCCCAGGUCGGAAUUCUGAGUCAGGAAGUCGCUAGUAUUACUCUCGACCCUGCUGGUUUCGAGGCCCGCGGAGACUCGGCUACGCUUUUGGUGGGUUUCUUUGCAAGGGCGCGAGGCGAUGGAGUGAUGAGCCAAGAGGAUCUGGCUGGCCGGACAGCUUUGAUUGAGGGUGUAGGGCGUGGAAAUACGUUACUGCGAUACGUGCUCAACCGGAGUGUCACGCCGAAAGAUACUGAGGCGUUCUUCGCGGGUACACCUUUUGCUGAAACGGAUUGGAAGACCACGGAGGCCUUUGAGCAGUACUGGUUUCCAAGCCGCGAGGCUGCUGAGAAGUUUCUUACCGGCGAGCAGACACUCAAGAAACUGUUCACGAAUCUUCCGAAAGGCUUAGAUGCGGGCUUGUCUUUCGCCGUUGUUGGGAAGGAAAUUCGAGUAGUUGAAAAGGCAGAACAGCAUUGA